AUGUCGACAGUCCGCAUCCACUCUGUUGUCGACCUUCUUUUCAAUAAUGGUAUCGCCAACCCCUUUGUUCAGUUUGCCGUGAACUACUCCAAAAUCUAUCCUCGAAGACUAUAUCCCAUCUUCAUCGCCGUGCAAUUGGGAACGUUUGCCCUAGUGCGAUAUCAACACUCAGAGAUAUACCAUUCUGAACUGCAUCAUAUCGAUCAGAUACAACGUUAUGCGAACGGUGAUUGGGAGUAUCACCACCCGGACAUCACAUCCCCAACUCUUUGGCAUGGGAUGAUCGCUGCCCCCUCCUACAUCUUGAACAUAACCCCAGGCCUCCACUCGCUGCGCCUCUUCAGUCUCAUCCAAACCCUCAUCUUCCCCGCCCUCCUCACCUUGCUUACUUUGCCUCCCUCUCCCUCUUCCCCGCAUGCUUCAAACUCUUCCCGCUUUUUGCAUGCUCUUCGGAACCCUUCAGAAUACGCCCUCGUCAUCUCCUUCAAUCCGCUUCUGGUGCAGGUACAUCACAAAGUCGAUCCUGGAAUUACCGCCCUUCUCUGUCUAGUGCUAUCCUGGGGUCUCUUGCGCAAAAAGAAAACUUGGGCGGCCGGGGUGUUUGGGACUGUGGUGGGAGUGUUGAGUGUGCCAGGCAUGAUUUGGAUGGUCUUCCUGGCGGGGUAUCGUGUAUGGGAAACGAGACGUGACUUUACUGGUAUCGUCAGAAAAAGUGCACUAUCGUGGCUCUUUGCUAUCUGCGUCUGGGCUCUUGCUUGGACUCUUCCCUCGAUCCCUUUCAUCAGAUACGACACACCAGGAUCCCAGAAACUCCAAAAAAUAGCUCUCCUCCGCUACAUCAUGAUGCCUUUUGUGGAUACCUACUUCACUUACCUAUUCUUGAACCAAAGCCCAUUCUUCUUUUCCUAUCUCCUCACCACCGCCUUCUCCUCCUGUUUCCCAUCGUCCCCUUUAUCCACUGCGUCCUGGUCAGGUAUCACCGAGAGCGACAAGCUGUUAGUAGUCUUCGUCCUGAGAUUAUUCCUCUUCUCUGAACAGCUCAAGGAAGAAGCUAUCGAAGACGACGUGACCUCUCGCUUGACGCAAGACGAAAAUUAUCUUUCGCAUCUGGAUUCGACUCCGAUAGAAGGCGGUGAAGAUGGGGAAGGUAGAGCUGCCAGGAUCGUAGCGCGAACGCCUUGGGGGCGACCUUUAGGCGAAGAGGAAGUAAUUUACACUACCCGCUGUUCCCCUUUUCCCAUCGCCCCCGACGGUAGAGAGCGGACGCUGACCGUGAGUGAGGAAGCCAGGCAGCGGAAUGAAGCUACUGGCAGAGUCAAGCAUGCUGGAAAGAUUGAGGUGGGGUGGGAUCUUUUCUUCAUUGGGGGGUUGGUUUUUAUGGGUCUUUGA